AUGUCCAUUGAGUCGGUGAUGCCAUGCAACCAUCUCAUCCUCUGUUGUCCCCUUUCCUGCCCUCAGUCUUUCUCAGCAUCAGGAUCUUUUCCAUUGAGUCAGCUCUUUGCAUCAGGUGGCCAAAGUAUUGAAGCUUCAGCUUCAGCGUCAGUCCUUCCAAUAAAUAUUCAGGGUUGGUUUCCUUUAGGAUGGACUGGUUUGAUCUCCUGUACUCCAAGGGACUCUCAAGAGUCUUCUCCAACACCACAGUUUGAAAGCAUCAGUUCUUCAGCACUCAGCCUUCUUUAUGGUCCAACUCUCACAUCCAUACAUGACUACCAGAAAAACCAAAGCUUUGACUGUACAGACCUUUGUUGGCAAAGUAAUGUCUCUGCUUUUUAA